AUGCUCGGAGCCCCUGCCGUUUCGGCACAGGCUGCCAAUGAGCACACCGCACGGCUGGCAGCGUCGCCAUCAGCGCCGCGCCGGGGCGCCGCGUCCUCACGCCCAUGCCCUCGCGCGCCGCGGCGACCCCGGCUGACCCUUGCGAGGGCAGCCGGGCCCCUGGAUGGCGCCGCGGCCACGCAGCUGCGGCAGGCUGGGCCGGGAACGCCUGCGCCCAGCUACGCAGAAAUCGACGCCCAGCCGCUCAACCGCGUCGUGAUGGCGCUGUUUCGUCGCAAGAUGGUGGAGUCCAUCGGCAGCGACUCGCAGCUGCAAGGCUACCCCGCCAUCAUCGACCUCACGCGGCGCCUCAACCGCCAGUACCAGACCGCGCGCGACACGCAGCUCGCGACGCGCCGCAUCCUGAACAGCCUGUUCCCCUCGUGGCUGCCGGGCGCCUUCAAGGUCAUGUUCUCGGCGCCGCUGCCGGCCUUCUCGUGCCGCCUCAACGCGCUGGCCACGGCGCUGACGUGCCAGUGGCUGAUGGGGCCGUGCAAAGUCAACGACGUCGAACUCGACAGCGGCGAGGUGGGCAGCGGCAUGGGCGUGCUGGUGGAGCGCUGUCGAUACCUGGAAGAGGCGGGCUGCGCGUCCAUCUGCAUCAACAGCUGCAAGGUCCCGACGCAGGAGUUUUUUGAGAAGGACAUGGGCCUUCCCCUGACAAUGACCCCAAACUACGAGGACUUUUCCUGCCAGUUUGCUUUCGGCAAGACGCCGCUGCCGCAGUCGCAGGACGAGGCGUUCUCAACGCCCUGCUUCACGCAGUGCCCCUCCAAAAAGCGGACGUUCUCAGACGGCGGCGCCGGCAGACCAGGAGACUGCCCCAACGUGGCAGUGCGCUGA